GCCACUGUCGAAGCUCAGGGUGUCUGGCUACUGCAUUCUCCUAAGAGGAGGAGGAGUCUAAGUUCAGCAUCCCUCUUCGAGCCCUUAGGGGCUGGGAUGGCUGCAGCAGGGCUUUAGUUCCUCUGCUAGGAAUAAAGCAUUCCCUGGCACUGUUCUCAGGAAGUGCCCUCCUCCCACCACUCUGGAUAUCACCUCUUAAGCUCGGGAGAAAAGGAAGGAAAGGAUUCUUCACCUUUUCUUAGUUUACCCUUGACCUUGCCAAGCACCCCUCCAGAGGCGUCCAUCUACCUGCAGGCAAGCUACCUGCAGUUUGUGGAGAGUGAGGGGGUCCCUGGGGCUUGCAGAGCUACACCUUCUGGCUGCACUUACCCCACUGUCCAGUCCUUGCAAGCGUUGAACUUUGAGGCUUUGCUGGGAGGGGGAGGGGAAGGUGAUAGGCUUCAAAGGAAAAACCUAGACAAUGACUUGUGCUUGCGAUUGGCUUUGAGGGCCCCUUCUAAGAAGAGAUUGGAGGGCUGGAGGGGAGCCCCUGCCAGGUGACUGGCAGGACAGCACUUGGUCCUUUCAUCAGGAAAUGCUGUUUCCUGUUGCUAAUAAGCUGGAGUGCACCCCCCCAUACACAGACACACACACACACACACACACACACACACACACACCCCACUUGGGAAACACGGUCCAAAGAACACCACAUGGUUGCUUGCCAUGCUAGCAGGCAUAUCCUCACUCUCCAGGGAAGAGGGUAGAGACAGGACCAUAGACAGCUCAGGGACAGGGAUGGGAUGGGAUGGGAUGAAGCGAGGCCCCAUGCAAGCAUCUCACAGAGAGCUUGCAUUUGGCAAAGGCAGGGUUCUGAAUUGAACUGAAACUAUUUUAGCAACUUCACCAACUCACAGACCAUUUGGCUUGUUCUUCAAAGGCAAGAGACUGGGGGACAGAACCCCCAGGAAUCUCUAAUUGAGUCUGACAAAGAUGAAAUUCAUCUCUUUUUAUCCUUAGCUCUUCAGGUGGUUGCUGCUUCUGACUGCUGCAGGGGUCUUAAGGGGUUCCUGGUGUGUGCAGGGAGCUGGGUUGGAAGCUUAAGAUGCUGGGUGGCUCCAAGCUCAGACUUCCAAGAGCCAUCAGGUGGAGUAAGAGGAACUUCUUUAUUACCAAGAAACUCUCAUCAAUAACCUGAGUAGUAGAGGCAGUGAGAUCACAGGGAGAGGGGUGAAUUUCACUUCCUUCUGUCAGACCAAUUACACCAAUCUCAGGUGAGCUGGCAGGAGUGGGAGGCUGUGGAAACAAGGAUUUGAAGUCUUGGAGACUAGUGAGGAGACUUAGUUGGGAGAGGCUGGACCUACCUUCCAGGCCAACCUUUGGUGGGCAGACAGCUCAACUCUGCUCAAAGAGAGCCCAGACGGCAGCUGCGAUGACUAACUUGGGUCUUUAUCCCUUCUCUCAGGACACACUCUUACCACACUGCAGAGCCUGUUUGUUGUGUUGUGCAAGCAAGGGGUGGAGAUUAGAGUAGAUGGGCAGCAGGGCGGGGCUUAGAGGUUUGGAGGGAACCUGGCUGCCCUAGGACUGCAGGCUUUUGUUUCUGCUGCUGAGUCUGGAGCUAAGCUCAGACUGAGAUAAGAGUUUCCUUGGGGCAAUGACUUUGUGUUUGUUUGUGUUUGUGUGUGUUGUGAGCACUGUAUAUAUAGCCAGUCACAGCACCCUUGACAGCAACUUACAGAGGCUAGUCUUGUUUAUAUUUUCCCAGGUACCCUGCAUGCAUAUAGCUGCUGAUUCUACUCCUGUUAUUGCUCACAACCCUCAGAGUCAAACUUUGUGACUGGCCUAGGUCAGAAAACAGGUUCAGGAAAAAGGGUGGUUCCAGGCAGGCCCAGGGAAGAGCUGUGGAGGGCCCCUGAACAUUGAGGCAGUCCAAAUUUUGGAAGUGGGUGUCACCCUUGGCAGUGCUUUAUUACCAGGGUUGUAUGUCAUCAGUAUGUGGCCCAGUCCCCUCAAAUAAAAAGGGGGAACAGGGAAGAAAGAAGGGAAGUGGAGUCCUUCGCCAUGUGGCCCUGGUGGGGCAGCAUCCCAGAUGCCUGUGUUGCCCUCUUACAGGGGAGAUGGAGCCAUCUCAGUGUGUGGAGGAGCUGGAGGAUGAUGUGUUCCAGCCAGAGGAUGGGGAGCCAGGGACCCAACCCGGGAGCUUGCUCUCUGCUGACCUGUUUGCCCAGAGCCUACUGGACUGUCCCCUCAGCCGGCUUCAGCUCUUCCCUCUCACCCACUGCUGUGGCCCUGGCCUUCGACCCACCAGCCAGGAAGACAAGGCUACCCAGACCCUCAGCCCAGCCUCCCCCAGCCAAGGUGUCAUGCUGCCUUGUGGGGUGACUGAGGAACCCCAGCGACUCUUUUAUGGCAAUGCUGGCUACCGGCUUCCUCUCCCUGCCAGUUUCCCGGCAGUCUUGCCCCUUGGGGAACAGCCCCCCGAAGGGCAGUGGCAACAUCGAGCAGAGGUACAGAUUGCCCGAAAGCUUCAGUGCAUUGCAGACCAGUUCCACCAGCUUCAUGUGCAGCAACACCAGCAGAACCGAAAUCGCGUGUGGUGGCAGGUCCUCCUCUUCCUGCACAACCUGGCUUUGAAUGGAGAAGAGAACAGGAAUGGGGCAGGCCUGAGGUGAGGCUGGGCUGCCCUCUUCACGUGGGGCACCAGGAACACCGUCUGGAAUAGGAAGGACAUCGGGCAAGACUGACACUGUGUCUUGUGAACUUGUUUUUUUGUUGUUUUGCAUUUUUAUUUUUUAAAUUUCUCUCUGUGUGUACAUAGAACAUACCCAAGUGGGAUCUUCUUUCUCUGUCAGGCCCUUGACUGGGAAUGGGGGCCUUUGUCAAACACUGUUGGAGAGACUGAUGUGUCUGUGACGGUCGGAAUUCCCAAGGGCCCUGACAAGUAGAUUCUUCGACCGGAGAAUCUACCAGUUGUCGAAGAUGACCCAUUAGUGGUGUUCUCUGGGGAGUGGACUGUGGUUUUUCCAGAGGAACUCAGUUAAGAAAUUGAGUGGAUCAGAAUCCUAGUUCCACCAAACCCACAGGCCUUCCACUAUGGAUGGGGGCCACGAUUCUGACGGUCAUACCGCUUUAACCCACCGUGGCCUCGGCCAGGGGCUUUCCAGUUGAGGAUGGCAGCUUCCCUAGGCCGGCCGGCCAGCUCCACAUCUGUCUGGGUUCUCACUUGCCCCAGCCAAUGCCUGCCCUAAGGGCUCAAGGAUUUCUACCUGACUCCUGUCACUUCCAGCAGACCUCAGGGAGGGUUGGGUUUCUCUAAGGACCCCUCAAACAUGUCGCAAAAUGAACCAAACUUUUGGCUAGGCCUCAAAUGUGACUUAGUCCCACUUGGAGACCCUGGGAUUAGUCCUGAGGUGCAAAGCCGCUGCCACCACUGGCGGCCUGGGACCAGCUGGGCAGCAUGUGCCUCUGUGAGCUCUUCUUUCAAAAGACCCUGCCGACAGAUUGCAUUCGACCCCCAGUAUCAGCACGGUGGGACAUCCGGGGGCAGGUUUGCAGUGGGGCUGGAAAAUGUGGUGGCCACCCCACCUUAAGAGUCAGCGCUAGAGGACCCCAGACCUCUUGGUUUCCUUGGAAACAACAUACCUCUUCCCCCUCGUCCCUAUUCCUUUUUCACACCUAGUGGGAUACAGAAGAAGCCAGGAUAGUGGCUUUGCCAGCUGAAAAGUGACUUUUAGAGUAACAGAUAAAUGAUUAGAGUGGGGAACCGUCAAAGCUGGGCGCACACUUCCUGUCUUCCUCCAGCUUCCAGCCAGGCCAGAAGGGCAUGCUCUGGAACCCAGCAGGAUCACGGCUGCCUCUGCAUGUCUUCCCUUCCCUCCCUGCUGCAGCACUCAUGGAGAGGAUCUAAAGCAGCUGGUGUGGCAGCUCCAAUAGCAGACACAGGGAAUCUGUUAACCAGACGCUAGCAAAUAAAUUAUAACCUUUGCAUAUGUGAGAAAAGACAACAUUGGUGCUAACAGUAAAGUAAGGCCCAAAGAAAAGACGGCUUCCCUGGACAGAGAAGACUCCAGGGCCAUCCAAGGAAAUUGGAGGAGUCCAGAGUAGACUCUGAAACCUGAACAAGCCCAGCCUCUUCUAGUUUUGAAGAGAGGAGGUCUUCAGUACUAUUGAAGGAGACGUUGAUCUUCCAGAUGUACAGUUGUGCAGGUUGUUCACUGCACAAUGGCACCUGCGGAGAGCUAAUGAAGGCUGGAAUUCAGCCAGCAUUCUGCUCACUAAGCUUUGUGCCCUGGUGUGGGGCUACCUCUCCAGAGAAGAAGGGGUGCCUUACCUAAUUUGCACAAAGGUGCUGUAUGGGCUUACAGCACCCUGGAGGAGAAGGGCCUCAAACUGUGCGUGUAAGCCUUUGUUCUGUUCUGCUCAGAUAUUCUGGAGAUAUUACCUCUUCUUGGUCAGAAUUCUGUUCUCAGGGUGUGUACCAUGAUUUGUCUGCUAAGAAGACGGAUUCCUGCUACGCAGAGAAGGAGCCAGGGACCAGCGUGAAGACUGGCUCUGGGACACACUGACCAUUGUGAAAUUCAGCCUUCCCUGUGGGUCUCCCUCCUAUUUCAUGAUGUGUAUGGGACAUAUGCUGAUCUCCUUUCCCUGGAUCAAGGUGGUGACAGGCAGGCUGCUGCUGUAUGUUUCAGUGGCACACACCAAAACACCGGGAUUAUUUAGGCUAGCCACUGUUCACCCCUCUCGGCAGACUCUCCACCUGAGCUCGGUGAGAGAGAAAAUGAUUUAGAUCAUGGUGCUGAGGCAAGGCCAUCAGCUUGGGAGAUCUUGCCGGGCCCAGGCUGGAUGCCCUGUGGCCUGAAGUUGGAGCCCAGACAUUGACAAACCCACCUGAACAUCAAGCCUGGGCAGGUGGAAAGUGGUCUGACUGCCCUGUCUCCAUCUUACGCAGUCAGGAACUCACUCAUUGUCUUAAGUGAGCCAGGGCAAAAUUUACACCCCUCACAUUUCCCUCUCCUUCCUCCUCCCCUAAAAAAAACCCCAGGAGGUAGCUGGCAGGGUAGCUGGCAGGAAGGAGAAAGAUUCUUUCUGGCUGGCUGUCUUUAAUUGGCUUAGUGAUCUAGAUUGGCCCCUUCCUUCUCUGCCUGGUGAGUUGGCCUAAACAUUCCUCAAGUCUAGCCUCAGGAGACCUGCCCCUCCCCCUGGCCUCCACCCUCUCAGACUCCAUCCCCCACCCCCAGGAGCCUGGCUGUCUGUAGUGAGGGGUGGAGAAUCAGAUUUAGAAGGAGGGAGAGUCUGACCUGGGUCCUGACCUGUAACCAGCUGAAGACGGUAGAGCCUUUGUGGCUUGCUGAGGUUGGGGGUUGGGAGAGGGACUGGAAACCUCCUUCCUCUGGAAGAAAUUCCUGGGAGGAAGGGAAGCCUGAUAUUCAGGGUCAAAACAGUUCUUCUAAUUCAGAACCCCAAAGCAGGGGUUUCUAGAAAUUGGUCGACAGAUCUGGUGGAGGGAACUCCCCAGGCCAGACGUCGGGCUCCUGCAGUGAGGGUGGAGGACUCGGCCUGACCUCUGCCUGGCCUCUUUCAAAGUCUGGGCCAGUGGAGGGCUGCCCCCGCUCCCCCCACCAGGCAGCCUUCUCUUGCUCAAUCCGAGGUGGAAAAAGAUCACCUCCCAGUGACCUCCCCAGCCCCUGGGGGAGUAAGUCUAUGUCCAAAGCUUUGUGGCAGGCUUGUUUCAAGGGCCCAGAGGGGCCCAGCUGACCUGUCUCAUUGCCUCUGGCAGCCUAGCCCCAUGCAGGAGGCUCCCACCUGGGGGUUGUUUGGGACAGUCCAGCCAGGGCCUCCCAAGAAGAGUGCUAUGGAGCCACUGUGACUGUCCUGGACAGCAAGGAGCAUGCUACCCCACUGAGCACUUGUCUUCUUUUUGAGGGACUUGGUGGGCAGGUGGGGUAGGGAGAAGGGAAGUGGCAGAUGCAGGAAGACUUUGGCGACUGUGGCUCUUGAGGGUUUCUGCAAAUCAGUGCUGGUCUGGACUAGAGACAGCUCUGUGUGAAGGCAAGGACUCUUGGAAGUGGGCCAUACUGGCCUGAUACCCUAGCAGGAAGGGGCUCACCUGUCACCCUUAAGCAGACUGAGGGCUGGUAGGGACUUUGAGUCUUGAGGGAAUAGCAGAGAAGGCUGAACUCAUAGGUGCCCAGCCAGCCUCCCAGCUGAAGGUGUUCAGAACCCCGUGUAGGCUCCCAGCCCUGCACUGCCCCUCUCUCUGCAGGUGGCCAGCGCCCCUCCCUGCUCUGGGUGCAUUGCCCAGCCUUCCACCCCAUCCCUGGAUCCACAGGGGCUGUCACGGGGAAACCCAGUGAGAAUGUAGCAGUUAAUAUAUCCCCAGGGCAGCUGCCCUGGGGUCUGGGCACUCUGCCUCUGGGAGAGAGGAAGAAGAAAGGGGCCCCAUUUUUUAAAAACUGUACAGAGUCUUUGGCUUUAUGUGUUUAUGUUCUUCACAUGCAUAUAUGUGUAUGUGUGUAUAUCUUCCCCCCAUCAAUUGGUACAAUUUUUAAUAAAAUCAUUUAAAGCAAAUCAGGUCUUUUAUUUUUCAAGGUGUGGUAAAAAUGCAGGGAGAUCAGUUAGGAGUUGAAAGCCUUCUGGCUUUCUCAGAUGCCAGCCUGAGUGACCUGGAGGCUCUCAGCUUUUGUCAUGACUUCCUUUCUUCUCCUGGA